GCUCCUCCCUUAGCGCCAGAGCGUCGCGAGUUCUUCCAUAGGACCCUUCAAUUGCCUCUCUUUUUCCACAUUGUGUCUUUCUAUAAUCCUUUCGAAUCUGACCCUCAGUGUACUGUUCCAAGCGGCGACCUCUCUUAGAUUAUCAUCACCGGUGACUUCAACUAUCAUCCUCAUUCUUCCCGACAAUUAUCCCACCAUUCAGACAUGUCUUUCUCCAUCACCGCUCAGUCUCAGUGGCAUCAAUUUGUUAGUACAUACCUAACAGAAUGCGUCCACCCUUCUUUGGACCAAUCUAUGCCCACCUCUCGUAGAGAUAAUGUGUCUACUACCAUCGAUUAUGUCUUCCUAUCCCAAUCUCUCAAAUCCCACCGCACUCGCUCUUCAGUGACCUUCAUUAAUAGCUUUUGGACUGAUCAUGCUUUAUUGAGUGUCUUCUUUAAAUUUAGCAGUUCACAACAAGGAAAGUGUCGUAUUUAUCCUAUAAUACUUAAUCUUGUUAUCAGCUUUGUUCCUCUGUACUUGACAUUCAUCUUCCAAUUGAGGGUCCCGCACUCACCUCAGGACCUAUGGGAUCAAGUGAAACAGGAAGCUAAACGGAUCACUCGCUCACACCAACGUAAUCAUCUUCUAACUAAUCACUCCCUUCCCGACUCAUUACAUCCCCGUUUAUCCUCGAUUGAAGCAAAAAUUAGUCAUAUCCAACAGAAUCUUGCCGACUCUAAAGCUCUUAAGGCACGAAAGCACUGGCAAGAGCAUGGAGAACUUUUUGCGGAUUCCAUAAGAGCACAAUUGAUCGUCAAUUUUCUUCCCACGCCUGCUGAAUUACAGGAUACUACUGUUUAUUUCUCCCGUUCUCUGUUCACUCCUUCGCUAAUCGAUCAAUCCUCCGUAAACGGUCUUCUAGAGACUAUUCCCAAGUCUGAUGGCAUCAAUUCUAAUGAAGCUGACUUGCUUCUUGACCCUUUUACGCUUGAUGAGCUAUUAACCGCUACUAACCGUGCUCCCAGACGCAGCAGUCCUGGCCUGGACGGCCUUCCGCAUGAAAUCCUAAAGCUUUCAUUCUUUCACAUUGGCAUCUUGUGUUUGGCUGCCCAGGUUUUUGACGAUGCUCUACUCACUGGAAUCUUCCUGGCCUCUUGGCAGAAUACAUGCAUUUCUCUGUUACUAAAAAAAGGUGAUCUGACUACACCCGAAAUUGGUGUCCAAUUGUUCUCAUUAAUGCCGACGCCAAAGUUUUCACCCGCCUACUAA